CAACCCGCUAUUAAACACGUCAGAAAGAGGAAGAGCAAUUUGUAAACAUGUUUGAACUUCCACGACUUGAGUUCUGACUUGCAACAACAGAUUUAAAGUAGUUGUUUACCGUUUUGUGACAAUGGAGAGGAGUGUAGGGACAGUUGCAGCUAUCAAAGCUUUAGGGUAUCCGGGUGUGUCCUGCCUCUCAAAGUGUAAAUGUGAUGAACUUCCCUGUCCACUGCUCACCUGGCUGGCUGCACAGCUAAGGACUGUCUGCCCACAGUUACAAGAUUCUGGUGGGAGAGGGGAUGUAUUGCUGGUGGAGGAGCUGAGACAUUUACUGUCAGAUUUAUCCUCUCCCCUCACUGUGCUGACGUCAGAGGUGCUGGAGCCAUCCAGCCUCAACAAAGUCACUGAGUUCCUUGUAUCAGAAUUGCAAGCAGCUCACAUAAUCAAGCAUAAGGACUUGCAUCCUGAGGAUAAAACGACAGGAGAGGAGUCUGAAAAAGAGCAGAGAGUUGAAGAUCACAGCCGUGAACUCACUGAGUUUUGCCAGGAACAUGAAGAUGAUGAUGUUGCUGACAAUAACAGAAAGAAGGCGGAGAUGCAGGCAGAAUGUAUAUUACUGCUUCGCGCCCUUAACAUGGAUGCUUCCUCUCAAUUUACAGAUGUGAUGCAUGAGGUGGAGUCGAGGCUUGCUGGUCUAUCAUGUGGACACAUGAUGGAGCCUCUUCUUAACACCAGCCUCAGCUCAGAGCAGUGGAUGCAACUUGUAAAGAUAAAUCAAGCUCUGUCAACGGACUAUAAGUGUCGGCAGCAAAUGAUGGUCAAACGCUUUCAGGUUACACUUGAGUCGUUUGCAUGGGGAGAAAAACAAAAGGAACGCAGUGAAGCGUUGGCCUCAGUGCCUCCUCUUGCAUCCAUUGUCGGCUCCUCCCGAGUGUCCUUCCCUCAUCUGCUUGCCGCCAGAGAAGAUCAGUCCUGCAUCGAGCCAAUCAAGGCAGGAAAAAGCACCGAUGUCUACAAGACGAGGAUGGGCGACGUACCGGACAGAGGAGGACGACCGGGUGAAAUUGAGCCGCCUAUGCCGGCUUGGGGAGAACGAAGAGCGAACAGAUCAGGACGAGGGGGCGGACACCAUCAACGGCGUAGAUUUUCAGAUAAGAAGAAGAAAGGGAAAAAAGAGUAACAUGUCCUUCUCUUUGGCUUUAUUAUUGAAGUAGAGAAAUAAAUCAUAAUUUUUCUUUA